AUGAAGAGUCUUCGGAGCAAAGCCUCGCACUUCUUUCGAGAUAGCCCAAGUCGUGAUGAGAAGACCGCCAUUACCGAUAGCUCAGAUGUCGACUUUGACGCUGGGAUCCAAGAUGCUGGUAUGAAGAACAAGCCAUCGCGGUUCUUCCGGCGCAGAAACGACAAGCCGGAUACGCCACUGCCCAUUCUGUCUUCCAAAUCUUCAUCAUCGACACUGUUUGCUCUGGUCUCCGACCGUGUAACCCCGACAGAACUGGGCGAUAGCUUUGAGAACUUGCCCGAAUAUGAUGAUGACGACGGGGAAAACACAAAUGCACCUCUACCAGCUUCGCGCAACUCUUCGGCUAUGUCAGAGCACGAACAUACCAAAGGUGGUUUUAACUUGCAUCGACCUAAGUCUCGCCCCAGCUUCGCAUUGCUGAAGGGCAAAGGCAUGUUACUCACCGUUUCCGCAGCUCGUGGGUCACACAUAUCUCAUACCAAGGCUCAAGGCCGCAGCAUCUCCAUCUCGCGCCCUCGACUUAUGGCACAGCUCUGCAGUCCUCCUAUCCUAGAGAACCCUAUCACGGUACCUUUCGAGAAGCGCCCCGGUCCGCCACCUGUUCGUCCUCCUCGGCCAGAUAGUCUCGAUGAAGAGACGCUAGCUUUUAUGCGCGAAAGCGGUACUCGUAUAUUUCUUCUAUCCAGCAACCGUGGUAGCGCAAGCACGGCGACGACUUCCACAUCUCGUAGUCAAUCCAGUUCCAUCGAGGCGCGUCUUGGAUUCCCUUCUGGCUGCGGUACUACUCCACGCAGCUGCUCUAUUGAAUCACCCCUUGCAGCGCGCUUCAUGCUAGAUCCUAAUCAGCGUCUGACCGUUCGCGACAGCAGUGAUGGUAUGGGAUACAGUCGCUUCAGCGAGUAUGUUAGAUAUCGACACGACAGUGUACGUGCGGCGGAUGGUGUUGAUGCAGAGGAUCGGGAGAUUGGACCUAUUGAGAGGUAUGAUGCUAGCAAGGAAGGUGACUGGACGCUUGAGAAGCGGGUUAGCCAAGGACGCGAUGGGAAGGGAGGCGGCAUGUUGUUUCGCGACAGGUGGGGUGGCUUCCACUUUGUCGCUGAUAUCUGA